UGCAACCACAUGUCAAGUAUUUUAUCAAGAAAAAAAGCAACUGCUAGUUAGAAACCUAGCUUUGACCUUUGUUUGGACUCUAUAAAGAACCCCUCUUCUAUCUUUCACAUGAUUCCUCUCUUUUGUUGUCUGAUAACAAAUAUAUCCAUAGAAGAAAAGGAAGACAAAAAUGGUGUCCACAAGGUGUAGUAGCUUUCUACUUACGUUCAUUCUUCUGGUACAUGUAGGAAACUCAAGUUCUGGCUCCCUUUCUGCUUACCAAGCAAAGGAGAUAACAGUAGUUGCUAAAGGCAGUGAGCUUGCAGUGGCAGAAAGCAUGCGAAGAUUGGAAAUUUCUGAUGGUGUUCCUGCUGCCAUGGAUGAAGUUAGCAACACAAGGCUCGGUGGAAGAAAAAUGGUGCUGAUGAAAAGGGUUUUGAGAGAAAAGAUGAAAGAGGAACUAUUAAAUAAAGAAGACUCGAAGAUUUCAGGUGCAGCUCGUUUAGUAGGAAACUGUAACCACAGAGCAGGGAAGGGAAUUUUGAAUGAAAAAUGUAAAUUGAUGAGUGGUAGGAGGUCUGUUCCUUUGAAGGACAAAAGGGUUCGUUUUACGGCUUUCAGCGCCGAUUAUCAUGUCCCAAAAUCCCAUCCUCCUAAGAAUAACUGAGAGCUAGGAAGAACAGUAGCGAAGCCCCCAAAAGAUAGCCAUGUGCUAUCUUUUUCAAUUUUGGUUUCGUAUAUGUUUCUUCCCUUUAAUUUGUUUUCUUUGAUUGGUGUUCUAGUGCAUACAAGUGCGAAAUAUCAUACUUGUAUGUAUGCAAAUACCAUUCUAACAUUGAAUAGAAUCCCAUUUUCAUUUUAAAAAUUAUCCAAGACCAUUUAAUUCCUUCUGUUUUUAGUUACUGAAUGUUCAUACCCACAGAGUUCGUACAAUUACAAUGGUUAAAGCCGCAAAAGUCUUGCUAUCGUUAUGUUUCAAUUUUUUUAUUUGGAUGUUAAUUGGAUGCAGGAAAGAACACAUAUGCUUCAAAGAAGCAUCCUCAGGACUCGAAAGAGAGCUUAAAAUAUCAGAAUGAAAGUAGAUUGUUGAAGGCAAAGUCAGAGAAUCCCAGAAGCCAGCAAGCUCCUGCCAAGGGACCAGUAUAUUUCAAGCCUGUUUCAACUACUACAAGCAGCAGCUUGGAAUGUUCAUCAAGGUAUACAUAUAUAAUUCCCCAAGAAUUUGAUGGUUCAUAUCAGAAUCUUGAAUCCCGAAAGCUUCUUGACAAGGCUGCCAUGGAAAUUGUUAACUUGAUAAAUAAAGACUAUACAGGAGGGGGAGGUCCUCGUCAGAAGCCUCCAAUCCACAAUGACCAACCUAUGACUAUGAAUGGUCAACAACAUGAUCUGACACCAUAAAUCUGUUGCUAUUUCAAAAAAUUUUGACCCCAUAGGAAGGAAAUCCACAACCUUUUACACAAGUACUAAUUUUUCUCCUUUUACA